AACGCCCCAGCUCUUUGAUAAGAAACCGUCAACUAAUGUCGACGAAGAGACACCAAUCUGUGGAUUAGUCGGAAUUACGUCGAUUAUCUACAAGAUGCGACUCCAACUCUAACGGUAAAUAAAAAUGCAACAAUUUAAAAACACACACGGACACCUUUGUUCAACGUUUAUUUUAUCUAACAGGGUUUUGACCCUUUUUAUGAACGUCACGAGCAAGGCUAAUGAUAGCUGUUAGCUAAGCUAAAACAGGAGCCGUUUGACUGGUUACACUCCGAAUAAUUGGUUUUUAAAGAAUCUAUUUUGUCUGCUAACUCUUGUUUUACUUUCAUUUUUCGUUGCGAUAUUGGCCCCGAACCGGUGGUACCAAAUAUGUGUUUUGUUUUGUUUUUACUUUCAAACAGGCGAAAAUUUGCUUGAAAUAAAAGGUCCGUUCUUCUUGUUCCGUAAUCAAGGCCCAGGGCCCACGAACUCGAAAGGGCCCAGGGCAGCAAGGGCACGAGCAAAAUACUGUAUCUGUAAUCGCCCGCUUUAUAUUAAACUAGGGUGACCAUACGUCCUCUUUUCCCCGGACAUGUCCGCUUUUCACUCUGUCCGGAUUGUAUUGAUGAAAAUGUUCGGCUUUUCAUCCAGGAGCAGGGAUCGAAUUAUGGGGGAGCUGGAUAUCAAACACAUCCAGGGGAGCCGGAAAAAACGUUUUCUACCUAUAUUACAUCAUUUAUGGACUAUUGGGCAGAGAGCACAUAUAACGAUGAUCGUUGUUGUGCAGCGCUCCAGACUGCUGCGUCCAGCGCACGGUCCAUUCUCAAAGUGUCGCAACCCAAAAACUAUAAUUAACCCACGAUCGUUCAUGUCCGCACAUGUGCUCUACUUUCUUGUGCCUGAAGCGCUCUGCUACUGCGGAGCUCAUCACCUGCUGCAGUGAUUCCACCUCACUGACACAGCAUUGAAAUGCGCACUCCGCUAUGUGGUCAGGAGAUCCCUUUGAUCUGCUCAAAAGUAACGGAUGAGGUGAAAAAGUAAGAAUCCAAGCAGCAGUUAUUAUUCUGGAGAGUUUAGAGGAGAUGCAGGAAGACGAGAGACAGACAGGACAGGAAAUAGUUAAAUAAAAACAUGAAAACAAAGUAAAAUGUAGGUAGAUUUAUCUCCACUACACGUGUUUACCUGUAUAAAACAAUAAGUUAUACACAUGUAAUAUUUAUACAUUUGAUACAAUUCAGAUCACCUUCAAAACUCACACACCCAGGGCCCCUUCAAGGCAUUUUGGGGGCCAAGGCAAAAUGACCCACCCCCCCAAUAACUGGGCUCCCCAGAAGCCUCUGUGUAAUCCAUACCCUCUCCAGUAGUGUUAGUUAUAUGGUGUUUGUAAAAGCCCCUCAGACAUUAAUGACAUGUUCUAAUAUUAUCAGAUGAAAAACUAAAUUAUCAGACAUGCUGUCUCAUCUGCUUCUUUUCUAAACUUGCAAAAAGUAACAAAACCAUUUGAAAGCUACUAUUUGAGGAUUCUCUGAAAGGUUCCAUGGAGUUUGUGACAACUUAUUUUUUCAUUGAUCCUAUAGUCUAAUCUCACAGCUGAAACAAGCAUCCUUAAUAAUCUGUGCACAGGAAGCUUACCGAUGCUGUAGUAAAACAAAAGGUAUAAUAAUUUAUUAUUAAUAAAACCUUGUUGCAGCAUUAAAGCAGAAAAAUGAGAUUUUGCAUUAAAUAUGCAAAAUAUUUACAUAUGAAUUGUUUUAGAGCCCUUUUAUUGGCAGAAUCUGAUAUUAAUUUAGUUCUUACAAAAAAAAUGGGUCCCAACGUGGUUUGUGUGGCGUUGCCAUAGUGUGACGUCAUAGGCACAGAUCCCCUGUCCUCUUGUUUGGAAAUGGAAAUAUGGUCACCCUAUAUUAAACAAACUGUCCACCUGGGCUUUUGCGCUGCUCAGAGACGCUUCGCUGCCUACGACUUUGAAUGUCAGUUGAGAGUCAGUCUCAUGCAGACUGACCAAUGAAGAGACGGCCUCAAGUUAAGACCCUCUCUCAUUGGUCAGUCCACACGAGGUGGGUCAAAGGUUACCCUGAGUGGGUUACGUGAUGUCAGGUAUUCAAGUACUGAGUAUAUUUACUGCAUAUUACAGUAAAAUAUUCUGUAUGUGACCACAUUAUGGUGAUCCUUGGGUCGUGAUGAUGGGGCCCUUUAAUAUUGUUGCCCAAGGUACAACAAAGUGUUAAUCUGGCCCUGUCCCUAAUUAUAUGAAAAUUUAAUUAUUUUUGAAAACCACGUAUGUUUGCUGAAUAUGUGAGAAGUUGGAAUUCAGCGUUUGUGUGACAACGCUAUUCACUCCGGUCCCAGCUGCUUGUUUUUCCGUGUUUACCUGCACCAACACAUCUGGUUUGACUCACUGGAUGAUUAACAGGCCACAAAAAAGAUGGAUCAUUGAUUGAAUCAGGUGUGUUGCAGCAGCAGUACAGAUGAACCCUGUAGGGCAGAGGUCCUCCAGGAUCCAGAAAAUAAAACCCUUUAAGCAGUUUUGUACAGAUGAAAACACCCGUGAAAGUGAAUAGAAUAUUUGUUUUAGGUGAGCUUUCUCAGAAUUUAUAUUCCUCACACAUGCACAGGUUUUCUCCGGAUGCUCCAGUUUCCUCCCACACAGAGGAGUCUUUUCUCUAGGUGUCUGGCUGUUUGUCUCUUUGUGGCCGACCCUGUGAUGGACUGGGAACCCACCUGUCACCUGAUGGAGAUGGACCCCCCCUGCAACCCUAGUGAGGAUGAAGCAGUUAGGAAAACUAAUGAAUGAAUGAAUGAGAACAGAUUGAUAACUCAAAUAAAGUACGAGUGUUUUAAAGGUUGUAAGAGGAUAAUUGGCUCAUCUGAUUGUGACAGUUUUUGGAGGCAUUCAGCUCAUUGGCAAAUCUGACUUUCCUUUCCUUGUUGGAACUCUGCAAUCACGGUUUCUUGCAUCUUGUAUCCAGCAUUAACAGGGUUUCACACAAUCCUCAUGUCUGCAUUGCCAGACAAUAAGGCCCCAGGCCUCCUCUUUCGUUACAGGGAUACAUCAUUUGUCCUAAAUCUGGAGCAUUUUAGAGAGCAGGAUGCAAAACUUUCUUCAGAUCACGCCCUUUAAUGGUGGUGAAUGCUUGGAGCUUCAUUUCAUGACUGAAUCUGAUGUCUGUUAAACCUACUUGUAGUCAAAGACCUCCCUAAACAUCUGUCGGAACAUAUCUGAAGGAUUGCUGUGGUGAAGUGCUCCUUUAAUAAACUUUAUUGGAGGCAACUUGCAAAACUCUAAAACAAACUGUAGUCCUUCAUUUACACCUGCUAUUUGUAUAAAACAAGGAUAACAUCUUGAAACACCAAUGAGGGCGUUUGUGUCUUUGUAGACUUUUUAAAAGGGACACAUUUGUCUCAUUUUCGUCACCUGUUCACGUAGUCACCACCUCCAAACCCUCAUUUCCACCAACUUCCUUCCACAGAUUAAAAGUCUGCUGCUCAUCUUCGUCCUCCUUCAGUGAUGGGUGUAUAAAUGUUCAUAUUGUCGGACUUCUUCCACCUGCAACAUGUCUGCUGCUUGAUGCGGAUUGUUUUGCCUUUUUUGGGAAAGGAAACUGUUAACAAAUCAAAAGGUAGAGGCAUGGUGACCAAUUACAGGCUUGCUUUCUGAACACAUCGGGCAUGUUUCCGUGACCCUCUGUGGACUUGUCGCAAAGUGCUUACAUUGAUGAAUGAAUACGUGUAUGUCUGCACCCCUGCAGACAUAUACAUAUAAACUAAACUUUUACUUUUUUUGCUGCAAAGCAAAUUAUGGAACUCUUGGAUUGUUUUUUUUUAUUUCAAAGGCCUGUUAAAGCAGAUUGUUCAUUACCUUUUUCAGACUGAAGUUCAGCAUCACCCAGCAUCAGUGAUGUACCGAUGUCCAGCUGCACCGCCUGCCUCCCAGUAGCAUCCCAUGAAGAUCUGACUAACGGCCUGGGUGUAAAGUUGGUGGUCCAAAGUCUUCCAGAUGUGGGAAUUUCCGUGUUGAAGAGGCCGUCCCACUCAGCGAUCUUCUUUUUUCUGCUUUUAUUUUUUGGGUUUUGGUUAUUUUUGCUUCCCUUCUGCUUGAGUGCUGCUGUCCCCACAGCAGUGGUCAGCUGUUGAAGAUGGUUUCAUGCAAAUCAGUGAACUAAAUACUCAAAGAACAAACCCUCUCAAACUGUCCUACAGUCCAUAGACCAGAGUUUGCCCCUCCCUGUUGGGUCACCAAUCUCUUUAACCUUCAGAAGAUUGUUCACAUCAUGUCCAACCGCUGGACUAAUCCUUAUGCUCCAGGGCAUCCGAAUCACCCCCAGAACCCGUAUGGACCCUCUGGACCAAUGAGUCUUGGUGGACCUGGUUCUAGCCCAAGCAGUUUGGGAGCUUCGUCAAUUCCUAACAACCCAGGAUCAUUUCCACAGUUUCUAAAUCUACCGGUGACCUACAGGCCUGAACAGAGGAUGGUCCCAUCAGAAAUGAAAACGAACGAGUCCAUAAAUUUGUAUGUUACCAGAGCGAGAGAGGAGGUGAUACAUCAGAGCCAUGGUUCUCCAUUUAUAAACACUCAAAGAGAGGAGAUUUUACCGUUCACAAGCACAAAGGAGCAGUCUUAUCCAGGCACUAGUGGGCCUAAAACAUCUGAUGUUGACAGUAGCAGCAGUGUUUUGAACUGGUUGCAAAUCUGCAAAGCACCCAUGGAGGAUAAGCCCUCUAGCUCUAAAUCAUCUGCUCAGUCUGACUUUCCUGGCGCCAGCGAUGGUAGACGUUUUACAUCUACUGAAAGACAACACGGUAGUCAAACAGUUCGUAGUUUAAGCAGUCAUGUCAGUCCACCGUCUGAGGCCCAUCACACCUGGUAUUCUCAAGAGCUUGCAGCUGGCAUCCUCCAGCGAUUUGGACUUGAAAAAGAUGACCUGCAGAUUCUCCUCUCUUACCCGGAAGAUCAGAUCAACUCUGACAAUCUGCCUCACAUCUUGAAGCAGAUUUUACUUCAGAAACAGAACAGAGCUGCCCCUCGCCCUGACCUCCAACCUGGCCCAAGCUUUAUUGAGCAGGACCGCUCUAAAAUGUCAGGGAACAGCCUGAGCAGCAUGCCAUCAAACACUAAAGUAAGUAAAGUGAUUGAGUAUAGACAUACUGGGAAGUAUUCCUCAGCUGGGACUGACCCUGGUAAGACGAGCAAAGUGACCAGUGGCGGCAGUAUGCUUCAGUUUGACGCUCCUGGCAGCAGUAGUUACAAAGAACCACUGCAACAAGGUUCAUCCAAGAUGAAGACCAGUGGUGUGGUUACUUCACAGAGCCAGAUGGAGUCACCUGUCAGCUUCAGCUGGAUCAAAAAUGUGGUACCUCCAGUCAGUGACCCAACCAAACAACUGCAGACCCAGCUGAGUCAAACUUCUAAAAGUACCUUUGCCUCGGCCCCUCCUCCAAAGAAAGAUACAGACCCUAAACCUUUAAAUGUGGAACUUUCAAAAAUAGUUGCUUCACAAGACCUAAAGCAAGGUUGCCAGCAGUCCAAACCCUUUGGUGGUCAGUUUAAAGAAGACAAACAUGCAAGGGGCGAUGAUUGUGACCCUUUUGAGGAUGCUAAGCAACCAGAAAAAGAGGAGCUGAUAAAUCAAGAAAAUAAGCAAAUAACUCAAAGUAACCAGGAAGUAAAGCCAAUGCAGCAACUGGCUCAACUACAGCAGCAGUUUCAGCAGCAACAGCUGAAGAUGCAGACUCAACUGCAACAGAAAUUUCAGCAGCAACAACUGAUGUGGCAGGCUCAAUUGCAGCAGAAGUUGCAGCUACAAACCGUCAAGCAGGCUCAAGCACAGCUGCAACAGCAAACUUUGCAAAGGGGGCAAUCUUUGCUACCUCAACGCUUUCCUGGCAUGCCACCAGUUUCUUCUCUCUCUUCCAUUCAAAGGCCCAUCGGAGUGUCUUCACCUCUACUGCAGCCGAACCAAAACGCCUUCCAAUACCCGAAUUAUGUGCUGUCUCCUGGUAGCCAGCAGUUCUCUGGGACAGUUUGCAUGGGGAUUCCACCCCUGGUCAGCAAGGGGAUUCCACCCCUGGUCAACAUCAAUGACUAUGCGGCAACCACCCCGACUAUGUUUCCACAUGUUUGCUCUCUGUGUUUAACAAAAUGUGAUACUUUAAUGGAUUGGCUUGCCCACCAGAAUAUACCCCUUCACCUGGAGAACUGCAAGUCCCUGCGGAGACGAUAUCCACAGUGGGAUGGUGAGCAGACACCAGUCAGUACUCAAGCUAAUAAACGAGCACGUUCACGCAGCCCCCGCCACCACCAUGGCUCUAAGCAUUUAAGGGAGAGCUCCAGGAGCAGUUCCCGCUCACGUUCACACAGCCCACAGCAUCGUCGCAGCAGAAGGAGGUCCAGCAGGAGAUCCCGUUCCCGUAGUCGUCACCGUGGCUCUGAGAGCAAAAGGAGGAGACGCAGCAGUCGCAGCCAUGAAAGGUCUUCAUCUAGGAGCAAGGACAAGAAACGGUCCAGGAGAUCUCGGGACCGACGGUCGCCUUCAGAUGGAUCCACCCCUAAAAGAGCGAGGUCAACCAGUACUGAGAGACUGGCAAGGAAACUUGUCCAAUCAUCAGGAGUCAGGUCAUUGUCCCACCACUUUGACUUGGAUGCUAUUGUCAAAACUCUGACUCCAGGAUUACUGGCCGAGCUAACCAAAGCAUCUGCUGUGAGGUCUGAUGAGGAGGAGAAUGAGGACGACGUUCCAUCUUCCAACCAGGUGAUACUCGAAUUAGUUUCUAAUGCCCUCUCGCACAAGGACGUGGUUAACGCGGUGGAGCAGUUUGGGAAAACGGAGUCGGUUGUGUUGUAUAGGAGCAGACAACAGGCAAUAGUGCGUUAUACGAAUGAAGAAGAUGCAGAGAAACUGAGGAGCGUAAAGAAGUUUGAUUUGAAAGGACAAACAAUCAAAGUCACCCCAGAGAAAAGUGUGAGGAGUGCCACGUCUAAAGAACAGAAGAAACCUCAGCAAACAUCAUGUGAAUCAAGCGUCUCCGCUCCUCCAGAUUCUGAAGCUAUCCUCUCUUCCACCACUGGAGAGGCAAACAUCUCAAGUCCCAAAGCAGAAACAUCCGCAGAGGAGCAUAAAGGCCCGACAGACGGUCCACCUGCUGCUUGUGCUGAGGCAGAAACUGGACCAGGUGCUGCUGAAAAGCCACCGACAGCAGCUGGAGACUCUGCUCUGGUUAAAGGUGCUGAAAAACAAGGAGAGGAACAGAGCCAGGAAGCUGAAGGUUCUAAAGUGAAACCAGCAGCUGCCAAGACUUCCCUCAUUAAGCUCCGUUUGAUUCGUCCACCAACCCAUCCAGGUGAAAGCACGUUAGAGACACCUGAUCCCCAGCAGAGUCCACAUGCUGCUGACAAAACUCCUGUAAGUUCAUCUGAAGCUCCGUGUCAGCUCCAGUCAGAGCAGGAGACCCCAGAGCCCGCAGCUGGAGAUGCUUCAUACGGAUGUGACUGAUGACGGUUCUAAGACGGUCUUAUUUUAUGACAUCUCUCAGAGUGAAAUCAAGGAACUCAGAGAAGUUUUGAUUAAAAACUUUUCUGUAAGAAACUUCCUGCCUCUGCUCAACAAGCUGUAUGUUGAGUUUGCGUCCAAUCAUGAUGUCGACCUGCUCGGACUUUCCUACAGCAAACACCGAGAAGGUCGAACUCACAAACUGUACAGGCUGAAAUCACCAAAUUUACCCAAUAGAACAGCAGCAAAAGCCAACAUCCCACCAGGCUGCAACCCUCCGUUCUGGCUCACCAUGAAAACAGCUCCUUACUUAUUCCCUACUGCCACUCCGUGGUUCUACAUCCCAAAUUAUAUCACCGUCAGUAAAGUCAAGAGCAUUCCUGAAACUGACUGUCAGAACUUCACGUCUUUUGCCGUCAUGCUGACGGGUCUGCCGGAGGACAACUACACCGUGGACGACAUUGCCAAGCUGGCGUGGCAGUAUUUGCCUCUGAAGAAUUUUCAGACUCUGUACACAGACCUGAUCGUGCUUCCGCUGCAGAGGAGGGCCUUCCUGUUUUUCAGUGAUUGGUCCUCAGGUCUCAAUUUUAUCCAGGAUCACAUUAAAAAGCCAUUUGUGAUUGAUGGGUGUCCCCUCGGUGUCUUCCUCGUCCUCCAGUUACCGCAUCCUGGACUCCGCGAGGAAGAGGUGUACAAGAACGUGCUAAAAUGGAGCAACCACCACGUUGAAGACCCUGACACUCUAGAGGAGCGGAUGCUGCACGUCCAGACCUUGGAGGCAUCACUUAACGUUGUGGAUUCGGUCAUGAGCGUGGUGUCGUCUGUUGCUACUUUUGUCAACUUCUUGCCGCUGGGAAACAGGAUCUACAUCGAGAUGCCCGACUCCAGUGCAGCGGUUCGACUGUUGGAGAAGAUCAAGUCACUGGACAAUUUACACGCUGAUGGCAGAUGGAAUAAAGUUGGAAAAAUCGAGCCCUUAAGGAAACUACAACUGCAUAUUCUGAAAUCCAGUUCUGUUGUGAUGAGGCCUAAAAAUCUGACUAAAAAUGCACGGACCAAGCAUCGAAAAGGAAACGAACCAGCUUUCAUGCCUAGGUUGGUCAAACCGACAGCCUCUGCAGAGUUCACCUCAUUCCAGUCCAAACUGGGACCAAGUGACACAUCUCUGGAGAAGAGUGCAGUCUUUCGACGAGUGACCCGUUCUUCAGCUUUGCAGAAGUCCUCAGAUAUUCCCGAGUUUCAUAGAACUGAAGGUGAACCAGUGGAAGGAACAUCUGACCACACAAUGUCAACAGAGAGCAACGCGGCACCACCCGUUGAGUCGGAGUCUAAAAUGGAAACGUCAGCGUUGGACCCAGAGAUGGUUGAGGAAACGGCUGAUAAGAAUCAAACAUUGAGUGAUCAGUCUUCGGGAAAUGAUGAGAAACAUUGUGACCAUAUCCCAAAUGAAAAUAACCACAUGGGUGGAGAAGAAAACGACAAAAACUCAUCAAAACAUUUAACUGAAGAAGUCUCUGAGACAUCAGUGGCUAAUCAGACCAUAACAGAACCUGAAUGCCAGAAACUAGAAGCUCCCGAUGAUGCUGGACCUACAGAAGACGAUGAAGUGAACCAGGUAAUGGAUAGUAGGGAGGAUCAACCAACAACAGAGACUGUGACUGAGUUAGAAGGAACCAAUGAAGGCAGUUUGGCAAGUCGCUUAAGGAGCAGAACAUCUAAUGAAGAUAAAGAAAUGUCAUCAAAGAAACAAGGCAAGAUGAUUAGAAAGUAUGAGACGCGAGUAAAAAACCAGACGGAAAAGGAAGAAAAAGUUACCGAGGGUACCAAGGAGGUCAAAGAUUGUGCUGAAGAAGCUUCAACCUCACAUGGUUCUGGUAGAAUAAAGAUGGUUGGAGGAGUCAAAGAAAACCAAAAAACAUUGGAUCAGAUGAAAAAACCCGAACAAGUUCAUGCUAAAAAGACGCUGGAUGACUCUGGUGCUGGUGAGCCAAUGAACACCAGAUCUACCAGAGGAAGAGAGAGAACCAAGAAGGAUGCUGAACACGAGAAGACCCAAACAAAAAGACAGCACACACCACCAAAGAAGAGCAACACUGUCAGAGAGGAGGAGGAGGUCACUUAUGUGAUUUUAGAUGCUGUUGAGGUGGAGGAUGUUGAGGAGGGUCCACCAACAACCCCAAAACCAAGGACAGAAAGAUCAAAGAUUAAAAUACAAACUGUAAAGGAAGAGCUGCCCAACACAACUGCUGAUGUAGAAGAUGUCUGGCAGAUCCUUGACUCUGUUGACGAUGAAGAGCCUCCUGCAGAACCAUCAGCUGCUCCUGAAGGUGAUAACAGGAGGACAACAGAGAGAGCAGCAUCCCCUGCAGAUACUCAGAAUGAUCGAACUCUAGAUGAACGGAUGAGAAAAGAUGUUUUCAUUGAGAAGAAAAUGACAACAAGUGAGACAGAAUGUGAACUUAUUACAGAAGAAGCUUCUGGUUCCUCAGAUGUUGACAGACCCACACAAGAUACCACAAAGGAGGAGAGUCUGAGUGUAGGAGGUUUACCUGCUGCGGAGGAUUUGGUUACAGGAGACACGCAAACAACACCUGGGAUGGAGUUAAACUACAGGAACAAACCAGAACGUGAGCCCAGGACCGAGGCACCAGGAGAGAAGAUUGAGGAGCCUGAGAUGGGCUCAGAUGUAGGUGGACCUCCAGGCGAAGCUGAGGAAAUGGCUGCGUCAGCUAAACGCAGACAUGAUGAUGUCACAGAGGGGUGUGUGACCCUGGCGACCUCGGACGAAGUUGGAAAGGCUGAAGAGGAGACCAAAGUUACGAGGAGCAGAACGAGAGGCCGACCGAGGAAGAAAGCCAGAAAGACUCCUGUGAGAAAAUCCACCAGAAGGGAAACGCCGAGCGCUGAGGAUGAGAGAGAGGAGGAGGAGAAAGACAAAUCUCCUCCUGCUCCUAUGGUUUUCUCCUCCACUCUAGACCAAGACCCACCUGCUCCAUCAGGAGACCUGGAGGCCCAGACGAUGGAGGUUUCUGCUGAGCAGCAGCGACGGUCCGAGAGUCCAGUUGGACAGAAGCUGAGCGCCUGUGUGGAGGAAGAGGAGGAGAAAAAGCUAAUCAGUGUCGGUGGUGAAAACGUACGGGACCUUGUUGGACCUGAAACUAAACCGUCUCCUGACGACUUCCAGCUGCCCCCGUUUGACCCCGAUCGACCCCUGGGGAUGGAGUUCACCGUGAGGAGAUGGGCCCAUUUCUGCAACCUCUGCUCCGUCUUCUACACCAGUGAGAACUAUGAGAAAGACCCACACUGCUGCAGCGAGACGCACUACAACAAUCUGAUGAAACAUUACCAGGAACUUCAGCAGAAACCCGCAGGAGCAUCAGAAGGGCCUCGCUCCUCUACUCCCACCGUUUCACCCUAAAUAUGUUCAGACUGAAAUGUUUGUGGUUGUUUAUCCAUUAAAACAGACGAGAAAAAGAAACGGUAGACUCAAAGAGACUAAAGGCUGUCUGCUCAGUGUGGAGAUGUUCCUGCUUCAUCCUGUCGAUUAAAAAGGAGUUUUUUAUGUGUGAAUGACAGGAACAGGAACAGGAAGUAGUUCCUGUUUUUUUCUGUUUAAACUCAGAGACUCUGUUGCUGGAACUCUCCAGAACUUCUGUUUAUAUUCUACAAGGAUCCAUAAUUAUGUAGCCUGGCAAACCAGACUAAAUAAAUGUUAUUUAUACUUAGCAAAGCAAGAGUUGUGUCUAGUUUACAUAGGGAAUGCAGUUUUAGUCCUCAUUUGUGCUUACGUCUUGUUAUUUUAGUGUCUAUCUCUCUCUCUCUCACACACACACACACACACACACACACACACACACACACACACACACACACACACACACACACAG